AUGACCGUGUUAGUAGGCUGUGUUUUCAACCAAAACUUCCUGCCUAGAAGCAUAAAUUUUGACGUCCAAGUCUCCCUCAUUCUACAAACUAUGCCUAACCCUGGAGCUUUUAAAGGCGCUCGCAAAGACUUUUUGAUGACUCAGAAAGAAGAGUAUGCGAAAGCUGUCGAGGCCAACCAUGUCGGAGAGACGCUAAUGAACAUCAACCGGCGUUUCUUCAAACGAUUUCCGUUGACAAUGCCUGCGGACUAUGAGCCGACGGAGGAAUCUCUGCGCGCAGUGGAUGAUGACGCCCCGGAACCUGAUGUGCCAGAGCCAAACCGCGAAACGAUGUCGGAAGAGGAGUUCUCCAAGGUUGUGGCAGAGGUCAAAGCCAGAAACUCUCGGCGAGAAGCAAUCUCUGGACAAAUAAAGCGAUGGUUUGUCUAUCAAUAUAAUAAAGAGCACCAUCCCAAGAAGCUCAGCGAGAGCACACUAUUGAGCUUACUGCAGAAGCUUGCUGGGAAAGACACAUCACGCCCACGCAUGAAGUCAGACGUCAACACAUGGCGCAAGUCCCAGCGUAAUGCCAUCGAUGAUCGAUACGAGGCUGAGGUUGCGCGCGCGCUUGCCAGAGGAGAACCAAUGAAAAAAUCCAACAAGGCCGCAGAUCGUGAUAGGAUUGCGAGGGAAAUGUUUGCGGAACUGUCAAAAACUGAGCAAGAAGCGUGGCACAGGAAAAGUGAAGAAGACCAUGCUGAAGCAAUAGCGGCAUAUAAAGCUUCGUGGUCGCCGUCAAAGAGCCCUGCAGAUAGACAACGAGCAAUCAACAGUCUGGUUAAAGUCAUGGAACCGAUUUUGGACAUUGCAAGCGAGACAACUGGCUGGAAGUUAAUGCUAGUUGCAGGAGGUCCAGAGCCUGCAAAAGGUGGCGAUUUAAGUGUGAUAACGAUGCAUUCCGGCGAGACCCCCGGUGACAUAAAAAUGAAUCUCGGUCAGACCGAACGUCAUAAGUUUAAAAACUAUAUGAUUCCGUUGUUUGGUACCUUUUUACACAAGUGUUACACUCCGGAAGAAUGCAGGUCUCGCGCGCUCCCAAAGGAUGAUAUGGACGGGUUGGUACCUGCCGCCGCUUUGCUUCAGAAUGAAAAUGAAAGCACGUCAGUACACGGUAUAGCUUUCAGAGUACCGCCAACCGGAGUCUCGGCAGAAACAGAAAAUCUAAUGGCGCCGGAGGUUCUUCCAGAACAUGAGUCUGCAAGCACAAGCGCAAGAGUCAAUGACAACACACGUCAAGGUGAUGCCGAAAAUCCAUUUCCUUUCGAUCCUCUGCCAGAAUCUCCUCAGGCGUCUCCGUGCGUGUCGCGCGCCGUCUCUCCCGUUUUCACCAGGUCUCCGGCUCGCAUUCCCACUGCAUCAAGCUCCGUAUCAGUGCCGGAUGUUCCGGAUGUUAUUCGCAAUGCCGAGCAACCGUCGAAUCAAGCGGGACCAAUAGUGCAGACGGUGCCUGUUGCUACCUCCGCUGCUGCGCCGCCUGCCACCAUACCUCGUGCACAAUCUCCCUCUCCCUCAGUUGCCCCGACUUCCUUGCAAAGCGGUGCCCCUUUGCAGGUAGCGCCUGCAGAAAAUUCUAUUGAUACGUCUGAGCCCUCGACCGCGUCACCUAACAAUCCACCAGUGGCCAAGAAAUCUGGGAAGAAGAAGGCCAAGGGUGCCAAGAAGUCAACGACGUCUGCUCCACCUGUGGAACGGCCGAAGCGCAAGGCUCAACCCCAACCGUCAACAACACCAGCGCCUCCAAAAAAGCGAGUUAAACCAUCGUGGCACUACGAAGAUGAGCAAGGAAACCCUAUUGAUAAAUAUGGACGUCGUAUUGACGCCCAGGGCAACGUGAUUCCAGACGUGACUGAUUCUGCGGCGAGUUUAGGAAAUGAGACGGCGGGUGUGGCAAGCGCAAGUACUACGACAACUACUGAAGAACAUUGUAACCAACCUACUGUGUUGCACUGCAAAGUUGAAAUGCAUACCCGGUUUUCUGAGGCCGGAUACCGAGAGCCUGGAGGAGCCUGGGCAUGUGGUGUGAUAGGCGAGAGCCGCAAGCCAAAUGGAUCCAGUGGGGGGCGGAUGAUGCUGCCAAGCUGGGAUAGACAGGAACCAUCCAUCGCGUCUAAAAAUACGCCUGCAUCACUGAUGAAUGAUCAUCAGAGGCAGUGCCAGGCCCAGACCAGGGUGGGCACAGAGGCAGUGCCAGGCCCAGACCAGGGUGGGCAGGGGUGGGCCGAGAUUGCGUCUAAAAAUAUACUUGCAUCACUGAUGAGUGAUCAUCAGGAGGCUGUGUGCGGUCCAGACCAGCAAGGGCGGUGGGCACACGGCUACUGCACCCGCGAACAUCCCAAUCGGGAAGGCGCGCAUUUAAUUCCCCCGCGUCAUCCAAACCCACCCCGACCAAUCCAUCCCGCCACCACCCCCAAACCCUGCGCAAACAACGCCGCCGCAUUCUAG